AUGGGCGUGGUGAGAUUAGCUUCUUCUACUUCUGCUUCUUCAAUGGUAGCCAUUGUUGCAGUAUUGGGAUUGGUCUUGAACUUGGCAGUGGUCUGCAAUGGAGGUAUAACAAGCACUUUUGUGAGAACAAUUAAAUAUAGCGCAGAUAUGCCGCUUGACAGUGAUGUCUUUCAAGUCCCUCCUGGCCAUAAUGCACCUCAACAAGUUCAUAUAACACAAGGAGACCAUCAGGGUAACGCAGUGAUCGUGUCUUGGAUCACUGCUGAUGAACCAGGCUAUAGUGGGGUGAUUUACUGGAGUGCAGAUAGCAAGAAUCAGACCGCUGUGGGCGUUGUUACAACCUAUACAUUCUACAAUUACACUUCUGGAUACAUUCACCACUGCACUAUUGGAAAUUUAUCGUUCAAUACCACAUAUUACUAUGUGAUUGGAAUUGGCAAUACUGAGAGGCAAUUCUGGUUUACAACUCCUCCUGAAGUUGGUCCCGACGUACCCUACACAUUUGGUCUCAUAGGUGAUCUGGGUCAGACCUUCGAUUCAAAUAGGACACUUACUCAUUACGAAUUAAAUCCACUCAAAGGACAAACAGUUUUGUAUCUUGGGGACCUCUCCUAUGCAAAUGACUAUCCAUAUCAUGAUAAUGUUAGAUGGGAUACAUGGGGGAGAUUCACUGAGAGAAGUGCUGCUUAUCAACCUUGGAUAUGGAGUGCAGGGAAUCAUGAGAUUGACUUUGCCCCAGAACUUGGUGAAACAAUACCUUUUAAGCCUUACACUCACCGGUAUUACGUCCCAUAUAAUGCAUCAGGGAGUACUGCCCCAUUUUGGUACUCAAUCAAGAGAGCUUCGGCAUACAUCAUAGUCUUGGCUUCUUAUUCGGCAUAUGGUCCAAGCACUCCUCAGUACCAAUGGCUUGAGACAGAGCUACCAAAAGUUAACAGGAGUGAGACACCUUGGUUGAUUGUUAUAAUGCAUUGUCCAUGGUAUAAUAGCUACUACUCGCACUACAUGGAAGGAGAAGGCAUGAGAGUGACGUUUGAACCGUGGUUUGUCAAGUACAAAGUCGAUAUCGUAUUUAACGGUCAUGUUCAUGCCUAUGAACGAUCUGAACGUGUGUCCAAUGUUGCAUAUAAUGUUGUGAAUGCAAAUUGCACUCCUGUGAAAGAUCAAUCUGCACCGGUGUACGUUACAGUUGGUGAUGGGGGAAAUCUCGAAGGCUUAUCGACGGUUAUGACAGAGCCACAGCCAGAUUACUCACUUUUCCGUGAGGCGAGUUUUGGUCAUGGAAUUUUUGACAUAAAGAACAGAACUCAUGCUUACUUUAGCUGGCACCGUAAUCAAGACGGAUAUGCAGUGGAAGCUGAUUCUGCAUGGCUUUUCAACAGACACUAUUAUCCUGUUGAUGAUUCAAAGUCCAUAAGAGCAUGA